AUGCGCUUUCUCGCUGAAGGGGCGCGUGUCGUCAUCGCGGAUUUUAACGAGAUUACCGGUGCCGAUGUUCUGCAGCAGGCAUCGGAACAGGGUUUCGCUGAUUCUGUGAGAUUUAUAAAAACAGAUGUCGCACUGGAAGCUGACAUUGAAAAAAUGUUCGAUCUGGCCUGCACUGACUUCGGUCGCGUCGACAUUGUCUUCAACAAUGCAGGUGUUGGCGGCGCCAUCGGACCGCUUACGGAAACCACCACAGAAUCCUGGGACUACACCAUGGAUGUGCUUGCGAAAGGGGUUUUUCUCGGUAUCAAACAUGGCGCCCGACACAUGCGUGCUCAAGGUGGCGGUGGCACCAUUAUCAAUACAGCGUCAAUUGCAGGUCUGAGUGGCGAUGCCGGACCUCUGGUUUAUUCCGCGGCCAAAGCGGCUGUGAUCAGUAUGACCCAGAGUGCGGCGGUUGAGUUGGCACCAGACAGAAUCCGGGUAAACGCCAUCUGCCCGGGGUUUAUUGCGACGCCUCUGGCUGCCGGUGGGGCACCGGAAAAAAUUGAAGCCAGGUUUGCCCAGGCACAGCCCUGGCCGGAUUUUGGCAAGGGUGUGCAUAUUGCGGGUGCUGCGUUGUUUCUCGCCAGCGACGAUGCUGAGUUUGUGACCGGUGAAAAACUGGUGGUCGACGGUGGGCUCACCGCUGCAGGCCCCGAGCUUUCCAAGCGUUUUCCCCAGGUGUCCGCGCGUGAUGCCAAAAUUCAGGGCGUCACCAAAGGAUCUAGUUUGAAUACAAAAGCACUGUCCCUGGCGGGCACGCCUGCUGCUGCGCCGAUCGGCUAUUACUCCUGGACCUUUGGUCAAGGUGCCCGUGAUCCCUAUUACAUCAUGGUGGUGAUCUAUAUUUUCUUUCCGUAUUUCAGCAAUACGGUGGUCGGCGAUCCUGUUCAGGGGCAGAGCUUAAUUGGUUAUCUGAACGCGACCGCGGGUUUCAUCCUGAUGCUGACGGCACCUUUCCUGGGAGCAAUUGCAGAUAAAAACGGCCGGCGUAAACCCUGGGUCGCUGCGACGGUGCUGGUGAUGGUUGUUGGCGCUGGCUUGUUGUGGUUUGUGCUGCCGGAAGGGGGUGGUGUAGGUAUAGUCUGGGCUCUGCUCAUACUUCUGGUCAUCAGCGUCGCCUUCGCCAUUUCUGAAGUCUUCCACAAUGCCAUGCUGCCUUCGGUUGCCCCGGUCAACAAGGUAGGCGCAAUUUCGGGGAUGGCAUUUGCGCUGGGUAACGUCGGCGGUCUGUUGUUGAUGCUGUUUGUGUUGUUUGCUUUUGCCAUGCCGGGUACGCAGCCCUGGAGUUUUUUGCCGGCCGAACCUCUUUUUGGCCUGGACCGCACCAGUCAUGAACAUGACCGUGUAGUAGGCCCAAUUUCAGCGGUGUGGAUGUUGUUGAUGACGCUGCCGGUAUUGUUUUUCACGCCGGAUGGAAAAACUUCUAGCACGCCGAUGCUGGUUGCUGCCCGCCAGGGCAUACGCGAUGUCAUCGAGACAGUGAAACAACUCAAGCACUACUCAAACAUCGCCAUUUACCUGCUGUCCCGGAUGUUUUUUAUCGACGGUAUGGUGGGUGUAAUGACCUUCGGCGGCGUUUAUGCGUCGGGUACUUUUGGCUGGGAAUCCACCACCUUGCUGAUUUUUGGAUUGUGCAGCAGCGCAUCGGCUAUGUUGGGGGCUUACGUUGGCGGUAAGCUGGACGAUAAGCUGGGUUCAAUAAGAGCGCUGCAGAUUGCCAUCGGCAUGAGUUCGCUGGUCCUGCUUGUCCUGGUUUCGAUACAACCCGGGACAGUGCUUUAUGUGGUAUCGGUGAGUACCGAGCCGGUUUGGGAUUUUCCCUACUUUCAGACCACGGCAGAGAUCUGCUACUUCAUCUCGAAUCAGAUUUUUGCGAUGUUUUUUGUCACGGGUUUGUCUUCUUCCCGCACGUUGAUGGCACGUAUAUCUCCGCCGCAAAUGGCCACACAGUUUUUUGGUCUGUUUGCUUUAUCCGGCACGGUGACAGCAUUUCUGGCGCCUUUGAUGGUGGCAACCACAACGGAUUUCUUCCAGUCUCAGCGCGCGGGUUUUGCCUCGCUGGCCAUUCUGAUGAUCAUUGGCGCAGUGCUGUUGCUGAAAGUUCGUGAGGAACAGGCAACCGUGGCCGGCAGCGGUUAG